ACCAGCCGCCAGCCAGUAAGUCGAGGGUCGGCAGUGACAGGCAGGAUGGGGGUUGUCGAGAAGAUGGAUGUCAUGGAGAGCAAGAAGGGUGAAGGCUACAAGCCGUAUUACACCCACAAGAUAGAAAAUCUACAAGUCAUUAUAUCUGAAAAAAUGCAAGAUCUCAGAAGACUUCAAGCACAACGAAAUGAACUCAAUGCAAAAGUUCGUCUGUUGCGGGAGGAGCUACAGUUGCUGCAGGAACAAGGUUCAUAUGUAGGGGAGGUUGUGAAGCCUAUGGAUAAAAAGAAAGUCCUUGUGAAGGUUCAUCCUGAAGGAAAGUUUGUUGUUGAUCUCGAUAAAAACAUUGAUAUCAACCAGGUGACAGCUAACGCCAGAGUGGCUCUGCGUAAUGACUCCUACACACUACACAAAAUUCUCCCUAAUAAGGUUGAUCCUCUUGUGAGUCUCAUGAUGGUGGAGAAAGUGCCCGACUCAACCUAUGAGAUGGUGGGAGGUCUGGACAAGCAGAUCAAGGAAAUUAAGGAAGUAAUUGAGUUGCCAGUGAAGCACCCAGAACUCUUCGAUGCUCUAGGAAUUGCUCAACCCAAGGGAGUGCUGCUCUAUGGACCACCAGGCACAGGAAAGACCUUGUUAGCCCGUGCUGUUGCUCACCACACUGACUGCACCUUCAUUAGGGUGUCAGGCUCUGAGUUAGUGCAGAAGUUCAUUGGAGAAGGUUCAAGGAUGGUGAGGGAGCUCUUUGUUAUGGCCCGAGAACAUGCUCCCUCCAUCAUUUUCAUGGAUGAAAUUGAUUCCAUUGGGUCCUCACGUAUUGAGUCAGGCUGUGGUGGAGACUCUGAAGUACAGCGCACCAUGCUGGAGUUGUUGAACCAGUUGGAUGGUUUUGAGGCAACAAAGAAUAUUAAGGUUAUCAUGGCCACAAACCGCAUUGACAUCUUAGACCCAGCACUGCUGCGUCCAGGUCGUAUUGACCGAAAGAUUGAAUUUCCUGCACCCAACGAAGAGGCAAGGCUGGAUAUUUUGAAAAUUCAUUCCCGCAAAAUGAACUUAACAAGAGGAAUAAACCUGAGAAAGAUUGCAGAGAUGAUGCCUGGAGCCUCAGGAGCAGAAGUUAAGGGUGUGUGUACAGAGGCCGGCAUGUAUGCCUUGCGUGAGCGUCGUGUGCAUGUAACCCAGGAGGACUUUGAAAUGGCCGUUGCAAAGGUCAUGCAGAAAGACAGUGAGAAGAACAUGUCUGUCAAGAAGUUGUGGAAGUAGAUAAAUAAUUAUGUAAUAAUCAUCAAGGCAUAUUCUCUUCAGUAUUUUUUUUUUUUUUUUUUUUUUUUUUUACAUAUAUAUAUAUAUAAUCUUAUUGAACUCUACCUGAAGUGAUAGAAUGUUUUAUGCCAACAAGUUGGAUUUUUGCUUUGAAAAUCUAACAAGAUAUGUAUUAGCAUAUUCUUGUAGUUGAAUGGUUAAUAAAUUUCUUAAGAAACAUU